AUGUCGAGAUUUGGCUAUACUGCCUCUAAAGCAUUUGAGAUCACUUGUCUCAAUGAAAGUGGCUUGAAAAGUCAUUACAGUUCAUUGUUGGAAAGCUGCUGCAAAGAUAAACGGGUCUUAAAAGAUUAUCAUGCUACUGCAGUAAAGGAUAGCAGAUCUGUCCGUACUUCACUGAAUGAGAUUAUUGCGUUGGAUUCACAUUCAGCAUCAAAAUACGUGUCCUGGUCGAGAAUUGAUGGUAGUUUGACUGUCAUGAGGCCGCCGUUAACAUCAGACCGAUCCCAAGAUCAUGUCUUGAUUGGAUCGAUUAAGAAGGACGUACAUGGGGAAGGCAAAAUAGUGUAUUCUAUUAGUUGGAAUCCCAACGAGUUACAGUUUGCCUCAGUGGGAAACACUCCGACUGUUAAAAUCUGGAACGUUGUGGAUGAUAAGUUGAGUGUGUUGAAAGAGUUUAAGACAAACUUUAAAGCGAAGAACUUCAUAACGGAAUAUGAUCCUUCUGGAAAGUACCUAGUUGUAGCGACGAAGACGAAUGAAAUCUACAUUUACAAUGCAGAAUCUGGUUACGAAUCUUGUAUCUCUUUUUCCCCUGAUGAGAAAUCGGAUGAUGCCAUACAUUCCCUUUGCUGGUCUAAUGAUUCCAAACAAAUUAUCGUUGCAUAUAAAUCAGGAUUCAUAAAACUAUUUUCACUCCAAGAUGAUGGAUUAAAGUUUCUCUGUGAAAGGCGGAAUGAUAUGAAAACCAUCACGUCACUAAUAAUGGAUCCAUUAGGCAGAGCAUUGUUAGUCGGAACUCAUAACGAAUGUUCUAUCUAUUCGUUACCUGAUCUUGUGCCCUUGAAAAAAUCAAUCAAGACAGAUAAUAGAAUAACUGGAAUUGACAUUUCUUUUGAUGGGUCAAUAAUAUCUAUUUUGAGCAAAGCAUUAGACUCUCACGAUUCAUUUUUAAGUCUCUAUUGGUACAAUGAUUUGUCUAUCCUAUACAACACGGUGGUUAAAAAUUCAUCACGUUCCACAAUCAAGUGGUCAAAGUCGUGCUUAAUAUUUUACACCACUGGUGCUCUUGAUAAAAUGACAAUGGUUGAUUUACGUUCAGGCAGACCGAAAACUAUGGUAUCGACCGAUGAUCGUAAACGAAAUGAUUUUGUUAAGAAAAGCACCGAUCGGAGCAGUAGAACUCAAAGAGACACACCACAGCGCGGGAAGAGGGAUAAAGAGCUGCGCAAACAACCAUACAAGAGAGAUGCUGAUAAAUUCAGUGAGAAGUCGUUUGGUCGCUCCAACACAGGGUCUUCUUUUAGAAAGCCAAAUGAUAGAUGGUGA